AUGGAGACCAGCUACCUGAAUUUCAAGAAUGUGUUGAGGUCUGCAAACGCGAGAACUGUGGCAGCCGCGCAGUUACAACAAUCCCUCCCCUCCACCGACUCCUCCUAUGGGACUGCCCCGCCGAAUGCGAUUAUGCCUGCCAACACAUCAUCACCGAUCGACGCGUCGCAGCAGAUGAAGAGAUAA